AGAGAAAAUUAAUAGAGGUAAGAAAGAAGAUGAGAGAGAGUUGAGAUAUAAAGAAGAAGGAAAAAAAAAAAAGGUAUGUCUAUUUUUGAAUUACUAUAUGUUCAUAUAUGGGUGCAGUGGUGCAGCUAGCUUAGCUUAGCUGUGUGUAGCUAAGAAUUUGUGUCCCCCAAGUAAAGGCACAAGCCGCACGUGCCAAAGGAGCCAUGCAAAUGUCUUCCAAGAGCGUGCAAAAUAAAUGCAAAAUAAAAAAUAAAAAUAAAAACUAAAAACUUUUUAAUAAAUGAAUAAAUAAAUAAGCUCAAUCUUCUUUCUUUAUCAAUAUGAAUUCUUUCAUAUCAAACCAACCAAUAAUUCAAAACCAGGUAUUUUCAACAUUAAUUAAUGUGAAGCAUUUUAUCAUAACAUUUCAAACACAAAUUUAUGCAUGUAGGUAUUAAAACAAACCAUAAUAUCUCGUGAAAGUCCUAAGCAAAAUUCCUAGAUUAUUACCUCAGCUCCCUCCCAAAGAUCCUCGUGAGGUAGAGCUCUGCUCUUCCUUGUACUUUCACGGGUUUCAUAUUCUUCUCUGCACCAUUUUCAAAUUUUCGACGUACCGGUCCCUUUAAAUACCCCCCGGAAUCCCACCACUAAGCACCAUGAACCACAACCCCAACACGAGUUUUAACCUUAAACGUACACGAAAAUGGCAUCACCACCAAAAACUUUGCUUUUUCUAUCAACCUUUUUACUUUCUUUGGUUUCUCUUAAUAAUGCCCUUUUACCCCUCCAAACCUACAUUGUACAACUACACCCACAAAGUGAAACUGCUGCUUCUUAUUAUACUUCUAAGCUUGAUUGGCACCUCUCUUUCCUCGAGAGAACGGUGUCUUUAGAGGAAGAGGCUGAUCAUUCUUCUCGCCUUCUUUACUCUUAUCGUUCAGCAAUAGAAGGUUUUGCAGCUCUUCUCUCGGAUUCUGAGGUAGAGUCCUUAAGGAGAAUGCAUGAUGUCAUUGCGGUUAGACCUGAUAGGAGGCUUGAGCUUCAUACUACUUACUCCUACAAGUUUCUAAAGCUUGAUGCUCCUAGAAUAGGGGCUUGGUCUAGGACCGAGUUUGGGAGGGGGUCGAUCAUUGGUGUCUUGGAUACUGGUGUUUGGCCUGAGAGCCCGAGCUUCAGUGAUCAUGGGAUGCCAGCACCUCCUAGGAAAUGGAGAGGGGUUUGUCAAGAAGGGCAGAACUUCAAUGCUUCGAGUUGCAACAGGAAACUCGUUGGUGCUCGGUUUUUUAUCAAAGGUCAUCAUGUGGCUAAUUCACCACUAUCACCAGAAAUAAACCCUGAGUAUGUGUCUGCCCGUGAUUCUUCUGGGCAUGGGACCCACACAUCAUCCACGGCUGGGGGAUCACCGGUCCCAAUGGCGAAUUUGCUUGGCAAUGGGGAGGGAAUUGCACAAGGGAUGGCCCCAGGAGCCCACAUUGCCAUCUACAAGGUGUGCUGGUUUAAUGGGUGCUACAGCUCUGACAUACUGGCUGCAAUGGAUGUAGCAAUAAGAGAUGGUGUCGACGUCCUCUCUCUUUCUUUGGGAGGAUUUCCAAUCCCUUUCUAUGAUGACACUGUUGCAAUUGGUAGCUUCCAUGCUGCAGAAAAAGGCAUUUCUGUCAUCUGUGCAGCAGGAAACAACGGUCCUACCAGAAACUCAGUUGCCAAUGAGGCUCCUUGGGUCACUACUGUGGGAGCAAGUACCCUUGAUAGGAGAUUUCCCGCUUUUGUCAGAAUGGGAACUGGGAGAUACCUCUAUGGGGAGUCCAUGUUCCCGGGGAAUCAUUUCUCAGGGGCUGCAAGAGAGCUUGAAGUAGUCUACAUAACAGGUGGCGAUAUGGGAAGUGAAUAUUGUCUAGAAGGGUCCCUCCCUCGAGAAAAAGUUGCAGGGAAAAUGGUGGUAUGUGAUAGAGGUGUAAAUGGAAGAGCAGAGAAAGGUGAGGUUGUGAAAAGAGCUGGAGGAGCUGCAAUGGUUCUAACAAACACAGAGAUAAAUCUCGAGGAAGAUUCAGUCGAUCCUCAUGUCUUGCCAGCUACUUUGAUUGGCUUUUCAGAAGCAGUUCAACUAAAGAGUUACAUCAACUCUACAAAACGACCAACUGCAAAGAUCCACUUUGUAGGGACUGUUAUAGGAAGAUCAAGAGCACCAGCCGUGGCACGUUUUUCAUCCAGGGGGCCAAGUUUGAACAACCCUUCAAUCCUCAAGCCAGAUGUGAUCGCACCAGGCGUAAACAUCAUAGCUGCCUGGCCCCAAAACUUGGGCCCUUCUGGCCUUCUAGGAGAUUCUAGAAGGGUGAAUUUUACUGUCAUGUCGGGAACUUCCAUGGCUUGUCCUCAUGUCAGUGGCAUUGCUGCUCUUAUCCACUCUGCUCACCCAAAUUGGUCCCCUGCUGCAGUUAAGUCUGCAAUGAUGACAACAGCAGAUGCAACUGACCAUUUUGGGAAGCCAAUCAUGGAUGGAAACAUUCCGGCAGACCAUUUUGCAAUCGGUUCUGGACAUAUCAACCCUGCCAAAGCGGUUGAUCCAGGAUUAAUCUAUGACGUCAGACCAACGGAUUACAUCACACAUUUGUGCAGCCUUGGAUACAUGAGAUCUGAAAUUUUCACAAUCAGUCGCAGAAACAUAAGCUGCAAAGCGAUACUGCAGAAAAGCAGGGGGUUCGAAUUAAAUUACCCUUCAAUUACUCCCGUUUUCAAAGGCAGGGAGACAGUUAAGGUGAUCAGCAGAAGUGUAACUAAUGUGGGCAGACCAAAUUCCAUUUACUCAGUGGAAGUCAGAGCUCCAGAAGGAGUCAGAAUUGUAGUCAAGCCAAAGCGAUUAGUAUUUCGAAGAAUUAAUCAAACAUUAGGCUACAAAGUCUAUGUUAUAUCCAAGAAAGGAGCAAAGCUGAUUAGCUUUUCUCAAGGAGAACUGAUAUGGGUACACUCACAUCGAAACCUUUACAAGGUUAGAAGCCCAAUUACAGUGUCUUGGGUAAGCAAGAAAUCAUAAUUGAAGGAUGUUUCUCUAGCUUGAUCGCCUAGCAGAGACAAACCAAUGUGUUUUUUCAUUGAUGAUUUUAUUGCAGAAGCUACUAUGUCACAGUUUCUAGGGUACAGAGUACAUUCCUCUGACUUGCUACUGAUUCAGAAGGAAAUCUAACAUGUUCUUUAUGUUAUCUGAGCUUUGGACGCAAAUUUAUGAUAGAAUUUCUUUGAAGUACAAGGUUACUUCAUUUAUGUUGGUACUUUAUUCUGGUACUAUAUUAAUGAAUGCAGAGUUUAAAAAAUAUAUUAUGUAUUAUUUCAAAAUUCAUGCCUUACAGAGAGCUACAGAGAAUAAUCAUGUCACUCACCCAGCCUUAUCAGAUCUAUUCAAAGAAUCACAAAUAUGGUCAGAGAAGACACAGAAUCAAACACUUGGAGCACCAACAAAGCAGCAUUUAUCUUAAUGUAAAGAUUCAAGCUUUUGAGAUAUGCUCAACUCACACAAUUAUGCUAAAAUCGGGUUUAUGGGAA